CAGUUUGUCUUGUCUUCUUUGUCGAUAUCCCUUUCUUGCUUGCUUGCACAGUGCAGCAGCAAAGCGCACCUUACUACCAAUUUCAAUUGAAGCUCCCAUCUCUCUCUCUCUCUCUCUCUCUCCUCUCAUUAAUAAUACACCAAACCUCAGCUACUCUCAGUGCGUGUUCUGUGUGUUUUUUGUUUCUUGAAUAGUUUCUAGAGAGAGAAAGAGCAGAAUCUAAGCAAGGUUUUUUAGUGAGAGAAACAUGAGGUCAGGGUCAGGAACAAGCACUUUUCUAAUCCGAUGGAUCAACUUUCUCACUAUUCUAAUAGCUGUGGGAGUGAUAGGUUUUGGAGUGUGGAUGAGCACUCACCACGACAGCUGUAAGAGAUCACUUACAUUGCCGGUUAUAGGCCUCGGUUCUGUAAUCUUUGUAGUAUCAAUAAUCGGGUUUUUGGGCGCAUGGAAGAACAACUCAAUCUUGUUAUGGAUUUAUCUGACACUGCUUUGCAUAAUAUUGGUAGCGAUUUUGGUCUUCACGGUGUUGGCGUUUAUAGUAACAAAUAACGGCUCUGGUCAUAAUGUAACCGGUCUGAGGUACAAAGAGUAUCAACUUCACGAUUAUAGUUCCUGGUUUCUGAAACACCUGAACGAUUCCCAUAAUUGGGACCACCUCAAAAGUUGUCUUGUCAAAUCCGACGACUGCAACAACCUUUCAAGAAGAUACCGGACUCUCAAGAAAUUUAAUUUGGCAAAAUUAAGCCCGAUUGAAGCUGGCUGCUGUCGACCACCAUCCGAUUGUGGUUAUCCUGCGGUGAAUGCCUCGUUUUACGACCUGAGUUUCCACCCGAUCAGUUCCAACAGAGAUUGCAAACUUUACAAAAACGCAAAGUCUAUCAAAUGCUAUAAUUGCGAUUCGUGCAAGGCUGGAGUUGCGCAGUACAUGAAAAUCGAGUGGAGGGUUGUCGCUAUCUUCAAUGUUAUCCUCUUCGUCGUCCUGUCGAUGGUUUACUUCGUCGGAUGCUGCGCAAGACGGAAUGCUGCGCGGGGUAACUCUAAAGUGUGAAAAGUUAUACGUAUAUACGUAUUUUUACGGUGGUGAUUUGAAAUUGUAUUGAGUUGUUGUAAAGCUAAGAAUGAUUAGAGAGUUGUACAAAAUUUUGAUUUUAUUACUUUGAGUUUGAUUUGAUUGUUAAUUUAAUCAAAGAAUCUAGUCACUGUAAAAUUUGAUGUUUUCAAUUAUGUUUUAGAAUGAAUUGUAAUAAGGGUGAAUUACAACCACCUCCAUGAGGUCAUUGUAACUACCAAUAAAAAACCAUUAUUUGUUAGAAAUUACAUCCGGCCCCUGCAGUUUGUAAAUUUCUUACGUUCACCUCCCUAUGAAAGGGUGGUAAUGUAAGAAAUCUAUAAAUUACAGGGAAGUGGAUGUACAUAUGGAAAAAUUAGGGGUUUGUUCUUAAAUAAACCUUACCUCAGUGGAUCGUUG